CACAGGACCAGAGGUAUCAGGGCCCGAAGGGAAUGAGGCGCAGCAACCAGCCCCCGAUGGAUCUACCGCGGGAGUACCACGGCGGCCCACCCGAGCACUACCGCGACCACCCUCCUCCAGCCUACCGUCAGCACGUCACCCUCGAACAUUUCCGCCCCGCCACCAGCAUGGACCUCUACCGACCUGCCACCUCGCACGCCGAAUCGUAUCGGUCUCAGGGUGCCUCGGGCAACCAGCCCGACCCGUUCCGCUCGGGGUCGAGCGCCGGGUCUGGGGUGCCAUCGUACCACGUGUGCACUUCGUCAGCCGACAGCUUCCGGCCAGUCAGCAGUGGCCACACGUUCCACCACAGCCCGAGCUGCCCGCACACCACCUUAGCGGGCCACGGCCCCAGCCACGACCCCUUCCACAGCUUCUCCGGGGACAUGUGUCGCAGUUUAGGAGGCAACGGCCAUGAGGGAUACAAUGAUGGCACUCUGCAGGCCCGCCCCCACGAGCACCACCACCACGACCCCUACCACCGCCACCCAUCACCUCAGGACAUGGCCGGGUCUCGGGGACACAUCGCCGGCCCUCAGGCUCCAGAUAUGUAUCGCGACCUUCCGCCGCUGAUGCCCCACACUCCACACCAUCACCACCACCAUCACCACCAUCAUGCCCCACAGCAGCAGCAUCCCCCUCGCCACCUGGUGCGUCACACAUCUAACAUUGACCGGCACACUCUGGAGCGACACAGGGCCAAUCUGGAGUCUCGCGGGGUCCUGGAACCCCAUCAGGAAGUAGCCAGCCCUCGGGACCCCCUCGGUCCCCUCCUGCUCGAAACGAGGCCCCACCACACCAGCAGCGCCCCCGACAUGUUGCGCCACCACCGCUCGGUCCCGGACAUGUAUGCCACGUUACAGGCCGAGGAGCAGGCCGCGGAAGACCAGCACACGUACGGCGAGGGAUGCCGCCUCCGUCGCCAGCAGUCCGUGAGCAAAGAAGGAACGAGCACGUCGGGCAGUGCUGCCUCGGAACCCUCUGCCCGGCCUCGGGCUCGUCCAUUCGGUCUGCAGCGCCAGCAUUCCUUAGGACAAGAACUGUCGCGGCCUUUCUCCAGCGAUUUCCGGCCACCGCGCGAGCUGAGGAAUGUGCAGCAGGACAUCACACGGUCGCAAAGCAACGCGCUGGACCUCGCCAGGGCAGGGAGCGUGGGGGGGCUGGCCCCGGACAUCCGACGAUCACGAAGCAAUGCCCAGGACAUGUGUCGAGGGGCGAGGGCGGGGAGUGAGGGCCGAGAGAUCCGCCACGCUCACUCGACGCACGAAAUCCCCAUCGCACACUCCCCGCGCUCCAGAUCCCCGCGCUCACACCAGACUCCACUACCCGAUGUGUACCCGGACCCGGCCCGGACCUCCUCGGGGGGCUCCAGCGGACCCUCUCCACCGAUUCCCCCGGGCCCGCCGUCGGAACCCGCCCGGGCUGGUGGUGGUGGUGACUACCCUCGCCAGCACUUGGCUUAUUGCGAAGUAGCUCGUGCCCAACAGCAACAGCAACAACAUGGUUAUUACUUGGGAGGCUCUCAGUCAUCUAGCAGGGCGCUGCUUCAGGCGCACGAUGUGGUGGCCCACGAGGUGUACGGCGACGAGGCCAUCCGCGUGACGCCGCCGCCGCUGCUGCCCUACCUCAACGGCGGCGACGAGGUGGACGCCGCCAACGGGGACGUCGACAUGGAGAACAUCACGCGCGUCAGACUCGUCCAGUUCCAGAAGAACUCGGACGAGCCCAUGGGCAUCACGUUGAAGAUGAACGAGGAGGGCCGUUGCAUCGUGGCUCGGAUCAUGCACGGCGGGAUGAUCCACCGCCAGGCGACGCUGCACGUGGGCGACGAGAUCAGGGAAAUCAACGGGAUGCCCGUGGCCAAUCAGAGCGUCGACAUCCUCCAGAAGAUGCUGAGGGAAGCCAGGGGUUCCGUCACCUUCAAGAUUGUACCGUCGUACCGCAGCGCUCCGCCCCCUUGCGAGUUUUACAGGACGAAGCCGCAGCAGGUUCUUAUAUACGUUCGGGCUCAGUUUGACUACGACCCGCUCGAGGAUGACCUCAUCCCGUGCGCACAGGCGGGCAUUGCCUUCAAGACGGGCGAUAUACUGCAGAUUAUCUCGAAGGACGACCACAACUGGUGGCAGGCGAAGAAGGACCCCAAUGGCACGGCCGGCUUGAUCCCGUCGCCAGAGCUGCAGGAGUGGCGCACGGCCUGCCUCGCCAUGGAGAAGAGCAAGCGUGACCAGGUGAACUGUUCCUUCUUUGGGCGGAAGAAGAAACAGCACAAAGACAAGUACUUGGCUAAACACAACGCAGUCUUCGAUCAGCUAGAUCUCGUUACGUAUGAAGAAGUUAUAAAACUGCCAUCAUUUCGGCGAAAGACCUUGGUGCUCCUAGGUGCGCAUGGGGUAGGGAGGCGGCACAUCAAGAACACACUCAUUGCCUCACAUACAGACAAAUACGCCUAUCCUAUACCACAUACUACUCGAAGUCCACGGAAAGACGAAGAUAAUGGGAAGAACUAUUACUUUGUAUCGCACGACGAGAUGAUGGCGGACAUUGCUGCUAAUGAAUACCUGGAGUAUGGCACGCACGAAGACGCCAUGUACGGCACGAAGCUGGAAACCAUCCGUAAGAUCCACAGCGAAGGCCGAAUGGCGAUCCUCGACGUGGAACCGCAGGCUCUCAAGAUCCUCCGCACGGCAGAGUUCGCCCCCUACGUUGUCUUCAUCGCCGCCCCAUCGCUACAGAACAUGACAGAUUAUGACGGAAGCUUAGAACGGCUGGCAAAGGAGUCGGACUUGCUCAAGCAGGCGUACGGCCAUUUCUUUGACCUGACCAUAGUGAACAAUGACAUCGAAGAAACAAUCCGACAGCUGGAAAAAUCGAUCGAAACUAUGAAUAUGACCCCGCAGUGGGUACCCGUGUCCUGGGUUUACUGACAGCCCGCCCCUCCCCGAGACAGUCCCUCUGACUGCUAUUGCUGUGGAACGACGCGGAGCAAAGAGGCCAAUAGGCGGGCCCACCAACACCACAGAAGGUGAUCCCGCGGCUCUAGAACCACCACACCGCCAUGACCUGUGUGCCACAAUCAAAGUCUCGCAAAACAUAAAUGCCUCAUACUUAUUAUAAGAUGAUAUUACAAAAAAUAAUAAUAAAAAUAAAAUAUAUUAAAAAAACUAAAAAAAAAAAAUCUAAAAAAAAUAUAUAAAAAUCUCUAUAAAAAUAGCAAAGUAAAUACGAUGGUGUAUUACAGCCAAGCACUGCACAUACAUGUAUGUCACUAGGAAUGUUGCAUUUUACAAGUGGUAAUGGAGAGGAUGUGGACAAGCCAGCCUUAAAGAGGAUGAAAAAUAGAGAAUAUAUUUUGUGGCAAUUUGCUCAACUUGGACUUUUUCACAUAGGUGCAUAUAUUUAUUUGGUAGAAGAUGCCACUAUCAAAUUUAUAAGGUAGAGUAGUGACUGGGAACUUCAGGCUUGCGUUCGAAGCCGGGUUGUAAUGGCGUUCGUUAGUCAUCCCAAUUUUAACGUAAGGAAUUUGACGUUCUUUCGCUCUUCGGAUUCGGAAAAUGUUACACCCGCGUCAUUUUUUUAAUCUGAGUUUUUAAAAUGUGCUUCAGCAUUGUUUUUUUUCAAUAUUAAUUAGAAUGUUUAUUUAUCGGUUCUUUUGACUGUCAUUAAGUGAUUGAUUUAAGCUAAAAUUAUAACGAGGAUGGCGCCUUACUAGUCAAUUAUUUUCUGACAGAACACUUUUCUUUGAAUCCAAAAAUCAUGCACCGUAUGCUUUUAUCAGUCAACUGUGAUUUCGUUUUUUGUGUACGUUCCCUAUAUAUUUAUUUAUUUAUUGUACGCAGUUUGAACAACAGUCAGUAAAGGUAGAACGAAUGGUGCAAAAGUGGCAAAAUAUUCUUUUGUAUACAGCCAAAGGGAGAGAAAAGCUACCCUAGGGAAUAUUUUCUUCACGCAGAUUUUUUUUUCUUCCAUAAGUAAAGGCUAGAGAUCCACAGAGCGGACUAACAGCCAUCCGAGAGAAGAGCCUGUGUGAGCCUAUGAUGUACCAUGGUUGUGUGUGGUUCUCGACAAAUAAAAUAAAAUAAAAAGAUGGUGGUUGGCUUUUCGAAUAAGGAGACGGACAUUGAGGCUAAUAUCUAAAAAAAAAAAAAAAAAAAAAAAAAAGGAAUAAAGCUUGUUAAGGGACUCUGAAAAGUCUUGGGGGAGAGAAAGCUUGGCAAAGGUGUUGUUUGUUGAUAUGAAAUGAGUCACGUGACCCACACGAUUGGGUACGUACGGUGUACUGGAGUGUUCGAAGCGUUGUUCCAAUCAAAGACCUCUGUUCUGAAGAGGUAACAAUAGAAUCCAGUGGAGAUGAAUAUAUAUUUGUAGGAUGUAAGAGAAUAGACUAGAGGAAAUAAAACAAAAAAUGGUUGCACCCAAGCACGACAAACUCUGACAACUGGAUAAUGACGGUGGGAAUAGCGAUGUCUUUGAUGAAUUCUGGAAAAGAAAGAAAAUAUAAAUAAUCACCAAAGUACCCUUCUUAUUUGUAAGGAGGAUGGACUGAUCUGUGUACACUUAUAAAUAUUGUUUUUAUAAGCAAAUAAAGGUUGAACCAGUUGUUCCUUGUACAUGGAAUUUAAUUAAUUGUUAUAUAGUUGCAGUGCAGGUAGUAUGCCAGUUUAUGCUGAUGUGAAACAGAUGACACUAGCAAGUGUGUAUAUUUCGGUCACUCGGUCACUCGGUCACCUGCUAUGAUUCUUUUAUACAGUACUAGAUUUGUAAUAAGUUUGAAGUGCGAGAAUGUUUACAGCGGAUCGGAUUUCAGACAAAGGCUAAACAAGGUUGGGUUCGAGCAAGAUCGAUAAUUGAGGUUUUGAUUCCGUAGCCGAUCCUCAUGUUUUGUGCAUUUGCUUGCUUUUCGAGAAAAAAAAAAAAAAAAACAUUGUGUUUAUUAUUGUUUCCAAUGUCCUGUUCACACUUUCAAAUUUCGGAAUAGCAACAAAAAACGGUUAAUUUUCAAAAGGAAUUUACUGAUGUGACAACCUUGUUUAGAUUUCAUUAUUACAUUUAUGUCCUAAUGACACCCUGUUUAUUGUAUUUUUUCGUCUGAUUUUUUGUACUGUGUAUUACGCAGAUUUGUACAUUUAUCCUUGAAUCUUGUUUCCCCGACCAAGCUUUGCAGGUUCUGUGGGUUUGUUGGAUGGAUUACUGUUAUUAUAAAAAAAAAAACAACAACUGAGUAGA